CACUGUCAUUCUAAUAACACCUCCACCACCACAAUAACCUUUUUCUUCAUCCAUUCAACAUUCAUUUCAUCCCACUCACAAUGGCCUCCGAUGGUUCUUCCACCCCUCACCACCACCACCACCACCAACACCACCUUGCCUUCAUCCCAUGGCCUGGCAGAGGCCACAUCAACCCCAUGCUCAACCUUGCCAGGUCUCUUGCAUCAAAAGCCGAAAACAUAAUUAUCACAUUCAUUGUCACCGAAGAAUGGCUUAACAUCCUUCACUCUUCCACAUCUUUUCCUCCUAAUCUCCUGUUAGUCUCCAUUCCUAACAUACUCGCCUCCGAGCACACUCGUGGCGCCGAUAUGAUGAGCUUCAUUCACACCGUCUUUACUCUGAUGGGAGGCCCGAUCGAAAAGAUAUUGCUCAAACUAGUCAAUGAUUCUGUUGAUGUUAUCAUUGCCGAUGCCUUGCUACCGUGGAUGCCCGGAAUUUCAGUGAAACUUGGCGUCCCGCUGGUCUCAGUGUUCACUAUGUCCGUCUCUCUCUUUCUCGGCGCUCAUUUACAUGGUAAAGAAACAAAUGAAUUUCAAGAAUAUGUCCCAAAUAAACCCUCAAAUUCACCGCUUGAAAUAAUCCGUCAGAAAUUUAGAGAAUCAAUGUCACGGUCAGAAAAAUCAAAGAGCAUCAUCUUCACAUCAGUCUAUGAACUUGAAAAUGAAGCCAUAGACACACUCAAAUCCAAACUCCAAAUCCCAAUUUACUGUUUAGGCAGUGCCAUUCCUUCAAUCCUUAAUGACAACACAAGCAUUUACCACAAAUGGUUGGACUCUAAACCAUGCAAUUCAGUGUUGUAUGUCUCACUGGGAAGUUUCAUGCCAAUCUCAAGAGCUCAAUUGGAUGAAAUGGUGCAUGGUCUCAAUGCAAGUGGAGUGUUUUUCUUGUUGGUAGUGAGAGGGGAAGAGUUUCAGAGAGUUGCAGAGUUGUGCAAAAAUACGGGAUUUGUGUUGCAAUGGUGUGAUCAGUUUAGUGUUCUUUGUCAUGAUUCAGUUGGUGGUUUUUUGACACAUUGUGGAUGGAAUUCAACUUUGGAAGCAAUUUAUGCUGGUGUGCCAAUGCUGACAUUUCCGUUAGUUUGGGAUCAGUUGCCGAAUAGUAAAUUGAUUGUCGAUAAAUGGAAGGUUGGAUUGAGGUUGAAGGUCGAAGGAAAGGAGGAAGAGAUUGUUGGAAGGGAGGAGAUUGCGAGGAUUGCUUGUCAGCUUAUGGACAGUGAUAGUGAGAACGGGAAAGAGUUGAGGAAAAAAGCCGGUGAGCUUGCUGAGAUUUGUCGAAAAGCUUUUGGAGAUGGCGCUUCUUGUUCUUCUGGUUUUGAUGCUUUCAUUCGUGAUGUUUUGAUGAAGCCAUCGAUCAGUGAGCAGAAACUGUGAAUUUGUCCUUUGUUGUUUUGUUGUGUUUGAACAUGAUCCAUUGGGUUGGUCUAUGUUAAUAAUAAGAUUUUACUGCAGAUUCAGUGGUAUUAUUUCGUAUUC